AUGAUCUUUGGUUCUCUUGAAUUGUUCUAUCUUACCAGGAGGUCAACUGUUAUUCCGAGCAGUGGCUUAAGAAGUUGGCAUUUUUUGGCUAAGAAGAUCACUUUACUACUUUUAAUCAUGUUGAGCAUAGCUCACUUUGGACUAUUGCUUAGUUGGAGCAAGUGGAAUUUGAAAGAUUUGUUCGUACUUUCUGCUUUUGUUAAUAUUACCGCACUGAUUUUCGCAAUGUAUCUACAACAAAUAUCCUACACAAAUCAUCACUCUGCAUCCUCGAUCUUGAUAUUAUACUGGACACUUUACUUGCUGAUCAAUUUUGUAAAAAUAAAGACGUGGACCGAGCUGAACUAUCCUAAAGAUAGUACUUUAUUGUUCCUCACUUUAUUGUUUUCCAUGAUACUGGCACCAAUAGCAUUAGUGUUAGAGUUGAUUCCCAAGCCAAAGAACGAGUACGAACUCAUUGGUGAUGAUAAUCAUGUGAAUCUGGAGGAAAAUGCCAACAUAUUUUCACGCAUCACAUUUUAUUGGAUGACACCAUUAAUGAAACUUGGAUAUAGAAAAUAUUUAGCACUUGAUGAUCUCCGUAAUUUGAGGUCUGAGGAUAUGUCACAGAAAAUCGCCACGAAGUUUGAAGUUGCCUGGAAAAAAGAAUUGUCCAAGAAAAAGUAUUAUUCCAUUGCUUAUACAUUUGGUGGGCCGUUUGCCUUUGCCGCGAUCUUUAAAAUCCUUCAAGAUAUCCUCAACUUUGUACAACCUCAACUAUUGAAAUUGUUGAUGCAAUUUGUAAAUAGCCAAAAUGGAGAGGAUCCGCAACCCGCGUUGCGUGGAUAUCUGAUUGCCGCUCUUAAAAGAGUUCAAGAUUUUUUAAAAGCCGAUGAAUUAGAUCAAAACUCUGUUACAAAAUUGCCUUAUCGAAGUGGAGAUGUUUCCCUAAGAGAUGCGAAUGGUAGGAUCGAAAUGGCAUCAAUGAAUCACGGCACGUUUAAGUGGUCUAAGAACUCAAGAUCGGUACUGGAGGAUAUUAAUUUGAGUGUUGGAAAAGGAGAGUUGGUUAUUGAGGCAUGCGGUUUGAAACCAGACAUAGCUAUCCUUCCGGGUGGAGACUUGACCGAGAUCGGCGAGCGAGGAAUAAACCUUUCCGGAGGUCAAAAGGCUAGAAUUUCGUUAGCUCGCGCUGUUUAUGCUCGUGCCGAUGUUUACUUGCUCGAUGAUCCUUUGUCCGCCGUUGAUGCACAUGAAAACACAUUUUUGAGAAAGUUGGUAAUGUUGGAGGAAGGACGAAUCAUGGAACAAGGAAAUUAUGAAACCUUGAUGAAGCAAAAGCGUGAACUUUAUAAUUUAAUCGGCGAGCAUACUCAAGAAUUUUUUGGACAAGAUGAUGAAAUUAGUAGUCCGGACAUCGUGGAAACUUAUGAGAUCGACGAAUCAAAUGUAGAUCCCAAUGCGGAAGAAGUCACAAGAACGAUGAAUGCGAAAGAAGAUGAGGGCAGUGAAAGAGACAGAUUGAUAGUGAAGGAGGAAUCGGCGAAAGGAAGUGUAGAAUGGCCGGUCUAUCGCGCCUACAUCAAUUCGUGUUCGAUAUCAGCGGAAACUUUGGGUGGCGUUACCACUAUCCGUGCAUACCAGCAAUCCUAUCGAUUCAUUGCGGAAAAUCUUGCAAAAUUGGAUGAUAAUCAGAAAGCCUACUAUCCCUCUGUAUCGUGCAAUAGGUGGUUGGCAGUGAGGUUGGAGUUUUUGGGAUCUUUGAUCAUAUUCAGUGCAUCGAUGCUUUCUGUAGUUACGGUGUUGACCACUCACUCGAUCGAUGCCGGUCUUGUGGGUUUGUCGGUUUCGUAUGCGCUAAGUGUCACUCAGGCUUUGAAUUGGUCCGUUCGACAAUUUUGCGAGAUCGAGGGAAUAUCAUUAACCGUGGGAUCCAAAGAGAAAAUUGGUAUUGUAGGAAGAACGGGGGCCGGCAAAUCGAGUUUGACACUGAGUCUAUUUAGGUUAAUCGAAGCUGUCGAGGGUCAAAUAUUUGUGGACGGUGUUGACAUAUCUAAAAUUGGGUUGUAUGAUUUGCGUUCUCGUCUUACGGUCAUACCCCAAGACCCAAUUCUUUUCGAAGGAACCGUCGCGUUCAACCUUGAUCCUUUUCAAGCUCAUGACGAUUUAGAAAUCUGGCAAGUUCUUCAGUGCGCCCAUUUGAAGAAUCACAUUUCCAAAUUGGAGGGCAAAUUACAAGCAAAAGUGACUGAGGGAGGUGAAAAUUUCAGCCAAGGGCAAAGACAACUGUUAUGUUUGGCUAGAGCUUUAUUACGGAGGUCGCCAGUUAUUGUUUUAGAUGAAGCCACUGCGAGUGUUGAUGUUGAAACUGACGCCAAGAUACAGGAAACAAUUCGUACGGAAUUCAAUUGGGCAACGCUAUUAUGCAUCGCACAUCGUUUGAGAACCAUUAUUGAUUAUGAUAGGGUGUUGGUACUUGAUCAAGGAAAAAUAGCCGAGUUCGACACGCCAUAUAAUCUCCUGCAAAACCCCAACAGUUUAUUCCGUGGUCUCUGCAAGGAAAGCAAUGAGCUCGAAUAUCUGAUGGACAUGGCUUCAAAAAAGUCUCAGAAUCGUUCGGGUAGAAGGCUUGUCCCGUGA